AUGGCGGCAAGUGUUAAGUUCUUCUACGACAUUUCCAGUUUUCCAUCAUGGAUAUUAUUUGAGGUGAGUAUCUCUUUAUCUCCAUUAUUUUUUGUUGUUUUUAGCACUUAUUUGCUGCGCACAGAACCACAGGAUUGUCCGUCCACCUAAAACCAAUCAGAUCGGCUGCGUUAUAUUCCAUGACAGGCCACAAAGAUCCAUAUUAUAUUGUUCCGUUCAGAAAUUUUAUUUUCAAAGAAGUAGAACAACUAAGUGAAUUGUUUGGAGUGCCUGCUGCUCUCCCUACCGUAAGUUUUUCUAUUUAAAUGUUAAAUUGUUAUUUAGGAUUGCGAAAAACGACUGAGUUCUCCAGGGACUCUUAGAGCUCAAAAUUUCUUGGCACAUGUUCAAAUAAAACAUCCAGAAUGCUUGGAGGUAGCCUCAAGGCUUUUGUGGAAGAGAUUGUGGAUACAGGAUCUCGAAUUGCAAAGUGAAGAAGACUUUCAUGAGGUCGUUAGAGAAGCUUGCUUAGCGUCGAACGUUCCACUUUCGGAAAAUUUUGAGAGUUUAAGUCAACUAAAGAUCAAUGAAACUGAGGCGUUCAAUUCAGGGGUAAGGUAAUAUAAGUAUCAAAAUUAGAAAACUUUUCGUAUCUAAAUUACUAUUUGCAGGCCUACACAACACCCUUUUGUAUAGUUGAUUACGAAGAUGAGACGAGUUCUUUCCAUGGAGUAGAUCGAUGGCCCAUAAUCGCGAGAAAAGCAGGUCUAGACAGUCCUCAUCGCGGAUUUUAUUCAUUAAAAGCGUUUAAUCAUCUAUUCUUCAAAGCUCUGGAGACCUCAGACUGA